GGACAUGGGACUUGUGACUGUGGAAAAUGUCAAUGUGCGUCUGGAUGGUCCGGAGAAGCUUGUCAGUACCCAACAACGUGUGACUUGACACGAAAGCAAAGCAACGAGAUGUGCAAGAAUUCUCAAGGAGUCAUUUGUUCAAAUGCAGGUACCUGUCAGUGUGGAAGAUGUAAAUGUGAGAACUCUGAAAAUAACGGACUUAUCUAUGGGAAAUUUUGUGAGUGUGAUGACAGAGAAUGUAUUGAUGAUGAAACUGGAGAGAUAUGCGGAGGCCACGGGAAGUGUUACUGUGGAAACUGUUACUGCGAGGCUGGUUGGCAUGGCGAUAAAUGUGAAUUCCAGUGUGACAUCAGCCCAUGGGAGAUUAAGAAAAGAUGUACAUCUCCAGAUGGCAAAAUCUGCAGCAACAGAGGAACAUGUGUAUGUGGUGAAUGCACCUGCCAUGAUGUGGACCCAACAGGUGACUGGGGAGAUAUUCAUGGUGACACCUGUGAGUGUGAUGAAAGGAACUGUAAAUCUGUGUAUGACAGAUACUCUGAUGACUUCUGCUCAGGUCAUGGGCAAUGUAACUGUGGGCGAUGUGAUUGUAAAGAAGGAUGGACUGGAAGGAAAUGUGAACACCCACGGUCCUGUGCUCUGUCGAUAGAUGAAAGCAAGAAAAAAUGCCAAGGGAGCGCCUCUCAAACAUGUUCUGGACGAGGAAAGUGUGAAUGCGGCCAGUGUACUUGUUUCCCACCUGGAGAUACCAGAGUCUAUGGGAAGCAUUGUGAAUGUGAUGAUCGACAAUGUGAAGACCUAGAAGGAAAGAUUUGUGGAGAACACGGUACCUGUUCUUGCGGUCGAUGCAUUUGUGAGGCUGGCUGGUUUGGAAAAUUAUGCCAACAUGCAAGAAAAUGUAAUAUGACAGAAGAAGAGAGCAAGAGCCAGUGUGAGUCAUCCGAUGACAUACUGUGCUCUGGGAAAGGUUCCUGUCACUGUGGAAAGUGCAUCUGUUCACCACAGGACUGGUAUGUUUCAGGGGAAUUCUGUGAAUGUGAUGACAGGGACUGCGACAAACAUGAUGGCCUUAUUUGCACAGGCAACGGAAUAUGUAACUGUGGCAACUGUGAAUGCUGGGAAGGAUGGAAUGGAAAUGCCUGUGAAAUAUGGCUCGGAAAUGAAUACCCCUAAAUACAAGACAACAAAAGGAUAUCUUUGUUAAAGUAUUUCUAUCUUACUAUAAGCUGCAACGAACAUAAAACAAUAGCAGAGUAUAGUUUCCAUCACUUGACCUGCUUAAACUGACUGUUCCUAGUCUGUUUUUUUAUAGACUUAAUUUCAACUAACCUUGAAAUAUUUGCAUCUGUGCAGUCUGUGAAGGGAAUAGUCAAAGACAUGGUUUUCUUGCAUAAUUUACAUGGUUGUCAGGAUAUCGCAUCAUCAGCCCAUGCUAAAUGAAUAGCAAAAACAUAAAAAAAAAUAAAAAAACACAGCUGGUACAGGUUAAGAAAUGUGUACAAAUUUAAACUGCCCCAAAUGUGGGUCUGGAACCCACUCAAGAUUGAUGACUUUUUAUUCCCGGACAUUACAAUGUAAUCAUUUAAACUGGUAAUUUCUGUGGUUACAUUGUUAGGUUAGCUUGUAUAAUACCAUUGUUUAACUAUAUUAAUAUAGGACAUGUAUAAUAAGCUCCCUACUUCUG